UCUCAAUCAUGACCCCUUUCCCCCAUACAUCGGUGAUGGGUCCUGAACACUGCAAUAUGUUGUGGCCAGUAUCAGAGAGAAGUGAACCAGGGAAUUGGGGCUGUGCGGCGCCCCUCCACGCCAGGCGUUGACGGGUUGGUCCCCAGGGACUGAAGGAUUCCAGCCCCCAUGGCAUCAAUCCAUUCACCUGCCGAAUAACACCCUGAUAUGGCGUCGACCGGUCUGUAUAUAUUGUAUUGUGGUCCCCCGCGGUCGAGAAGCUCCUCAGCUUGAAGUCUUCUCCCACAUCCAAGACGGGGUGCCACGCUCAACAUGGCCUGGUCGAUGCCCUCAAAGCGCUUCCCCUCGCUCUUGCUCUACCUGAUCGGAGUGGUCGCGGUCGCCUUCGUCCUCUUUGCAUACGCGACCUUCCCAAACCCCGCGCCGGCGGCCCCCCGCCGGACGCACCCUUAUCUGGAUGAUAUACGAAACGAGACCUUGGGAGUCGAGAAGAUCUUCGCCAUCAAUCUCCCCUCCAGACCCGAUAAGCGCGAUAGCAUCGUUCUCCGGUCAUCCGUCCUGGGAUUUCACGUCGACUGGAUCGAUGGUGUCACGCCAGACCAGCUCAAUGCGCUGGCCUACCCUUAUAACUGGCAUGACGACCUCACAGCGCGCGAAUAUGGCGCCCGACGCGCGCACGUGAACGCCCUACAGCACAUCGUAGACGAGGGUAUAUCAAGCGCCAUCAUCAUGGAAGAUGACUCUGACUGGGACGUGACGAUCAAAACCCAACUUCAAAGCAUGGCCAUUGCCCUGCGCGCCCUCCAAGGGACGAGCGCAGACGCGACAUCUCCCUACGGUGAGAACUGGGACGUCAUCUGGUUCGGCCACUGCGGGAUAAACUGGCGACCGAACACCAGCUUCUUCGCCGCUUCUCACGACCCGACCGUCACACCGAAGCAUCACUUCACGCCUGUAUUCCGGGAUUCGCCACCGAUCAACCGAACCGAGGAUACGCGUCUCGUCUUUGAGGCCGAGGAUGGGGUGUGCUCUUUCUUUUACGCAGUGAGCAACAGCGCAGCGAGAAAGAUGCUGUCUGCCCUGUCGGUCAGCCCCACCGGCAUGAAAGAGGUCUUCGACUCGGGGGGCCAGCUAGACAUUACGCUUGGUCGGAUGUGCAGGGCAGAUUAUCUGAAAUGCUAUGCGCCGUUCCCGUCUCUGACUGGGCGACUGACGACAUCGUCCGAUAUCAGGGACUCCGACCAAAGCGAGGACCAAGGUCGGGAAAGGAGCCGGACGCCGCCGGAUAGUGCCAACGUGGUGUAUAGCACUUUGUUGAACAUCAAUCGCAUCAUGGAUGGCGAGUCGACCGUCCACGCGACGUGGGAGGAUGUGCCCCUUCAGGAAAUCAGACCCGGCAAUGCUUCUGUCGUCGGGGGCACGUUGCAAAUUCCUGAGGAGGGAGAAAAAUGGCGGGGGGUUCCAUUUUAUCCGCCUUUGUGAUGCAUCUGCG